CUGAUAAUUAAUGAAAACUGGAAAACACUCUGGCAGCAUGCGUCUAUUCAGUACUAUUUUAUAAUUGCAGUUAGCCAGAGUAUGAAGAAUAUGUGGCUAUAAAUUCAGUUGCUGAGGGCAGAAUGAAUGCAUUUUUAUUGUUACUCUUAAUGAUAUUCACAUGAUUAACUUCUGGGGUGACCUUAAAACUAAGUUCAUUAGUAAGAGUUAGCCUGUGUGUCUCUGCUGGAGUUUUACUAUUUGUAGCAAGCUGAGGUUUCCUACUUCAGCUUCCAAAGAACAGGCACACGGCAGGAUAAAGGCAGUUUCCUGAAAUGUCACCGUUGUGCUGUUUUAACAACUCUCUUCUGUUCUGCCUCUUAGGCUGUUUGUUCACCUAGAGCUUUGUUCAUAGUUCUGCUCUUAAGGUUAUGUGGUAACUAAAUGUCUUCUUCAUGCUCAGAGAAGUGAAAAAUGGUUUAUAAUGUUCUAGUUGGCUUAAGAAAAAGAUCCUUUUCUGAAGUUAUGAAUGCCAUAGAAGGCUAAAGCCUAUUCCUCGGCAAAGAAUAGAGCGUAACAGUAUGUCCUACCUCUCAAGUGGCACUGAACCUGGAAGAAACAGAGGCUUGGGACAAGUACUGACAGCCUUGCAAAAGAUCAGUGACAUUGUAACAGAUUAAACUGUCGAAGAGUUACUGUACUAUGUCGAAUAAAUUCCUAUGGAGUGAGUAAUUAAUUUCAGUGUACAUCUAGUCCUUCCAUGAGAUACAUAUUUCAUUGCCACUGCGGCUGGUUUGCUAGCCUUCCUUUAGCAGAGGUAUAAGCAAUUGAGGACAACACUUCUGCUGUCUGAAGAUGGAAAACAACAUAACUACUAUAUCUCGGGAGGAGCUUGAGGAGCUACGAGAAGCAUUUGGCAAAAUAGAUAUUGACAACAGUGGGUAUGUCAGUGAUUAUGAGCUUCAAGACCUCUUUAAAGAAGCAAGUCUGCCUUUGCCUGGAUACAAAGUCCGGGAGAUUGUAGAAAAAAUCAUUUUAGUGACAGAUAGCAACAAGGAUGGGAGAAUCAACUUUGAAGAAUUUGUCUCUAUAAUUCAGGAAUUAAAAAGCAAAGAUGUUAGCAAAUCUUUCAGAAAAUCAAUAAACAAAAAGCAAGGAAUCACAGCAAUUGGAGGAACAUCGGCAAUAUCUAGUGAGGGAACACAGCACUCUUAUUCAGAGGAAGAAAAAGUUGCUUUUGUUAAUUGGAUAAAUAAGGCUCUACAAGAUGACCCAGACUGUAAGCACCUCCUACCCAUGAACCCAUCAGAUGCCAGUCUUUUUAAAUCCCUUGCAGAUGGCAUCCUUCUUUGCAAAAUGAUCAACUUUUCACAACCAGAUACAAUUGAUGAAAGGGCUAUUAAUAAGAAAAAACUCACUCCUUUCACUAUUUCUGAAAACCUAAACCUGGCUCUGAACUCAGCAUCUGCCAUUGGCUGUACGGUUGUCAAUAUUGGAUCACAAGAUUUGCAAGAAGGAAAACCACACUUGGUAUUAGGACUCUUGUGGCAGAUCAUUAAAGUUGGUCUUUUUGCUGAUAUUGAGAUCUCCAGAAAUGAAGCUCUUAUUGCCUUGCUAAAUGAAGGGGAAGAGCUGGAUCAAUUAAUGAAGCUUUCCCCAGAAGACCUCUUGCUACGCUGGGUGAAUUACCAUCUGGCCAAUGCAGGGUGGCAGAAAAUCAGCAACUUCAGCCAAGACAUUAAGGAUUCAAGAGCAUACUACCAUCUGUUAAAUCAGAUUGCACCCAAAGGAGAUGACCUUGAUCAAUUGCCCAUUAAAAUUGACUUUACAGGAUUUCAUGAUAAAAAUGACUUGAGGAGGGCUGAAUACAUGCUCCAACAGGCAGAUAAAUUGGGCUGCAGACAGUUUGUAACUCCAGCUGAUGUGGUUGCAGGCAACCCUAAGCUCAAUUUGGCUUUUGUUGCAAAUCUCUUUAACACAUAUCCAGCCCUGCACAAGCCUGAUAAUUCAUCUUAUGAUCUCAAUUUAUUAGAAGAUUUGACCCCUCCUAAUGUAGGAGAAAGUAAGGAGGAAAGGACUUUCAGAAACUGGAUGAAUUCACUGGGUGUAAGCCCUUAUGUUAAUCAUUUAUACAGUGACCUUUCUGAUGCUUUAAUCAUCUUCCAAUUGUAUGAAAUGACGCGUGUGCCAGUUGACUGGAGCCACAUCAACAAACCUCCUUACUCAUUACUCGGUGGCAAUAUGAAAAAGAUUGAGAAUUGCAAUUACGCAGUAGAACUUGGGAAGACAAAAGCCAAAUUCUCACUGGUUGGUAUUGCUGGACACGAUCUAAAUGAGGGUAAUCCAACUCUGACUUUGGCUUUGGUAUGGCAGCUGAUGAGAAGGUAUACUUUGAAUGUACUGUCCGACCUUGGAGAGGGGGAGAAAGUAAAUGAUGAAAUUAUCAUUAAGUGGGUGAAUCAGACACUUGCAAAAGCAAAUAAGAAAACUUCAAUUAUAAGUUUCAAGGACAAAUCAAUUAGCACUAGCUUACCUGUCCUAGAUUUAAUAGAUGCCAUUGCACCAAAAGCAGUUCGUCCAGAAAUGGUCAAGAGAGAAGACCUUUCUUACCAAGACAAAUUGAAUAAUGCCAAGUAUGCCAUUUCAGUUGCUCGAAAAAUUGGUGCUCGUAUUUAUGCUCUCCCAGAUGAUCUGGUUGAAGUAAAGCCAAAAAUGGUGAUGACAGUGUUUGCAUGUUUGAUGGGAAGAGGACUGAACAGAAUAAAAUAAUGAAGACAUGUAAUAUAACUUUCUGCCAUGUUAAGCACGAUGAAUGCCUCGCAGUUUACAGACUUCUGAAGCUUACUAUGAGAAAAAUUGUAUGCACAAAUAUACUCAUCAAUUAUCUUUUAAAAAUGUGUUUAUAUUAGUUAAUUUUAUUCAAUUUCAUAACACAUGAAUUAUUUAUGGCUAAUACUGUUUUCAGAACAUGUUCAUUAACAAAUUAACAUCAUAGAUUUGUAUUGCUUGGAAAAGCCCAUGUAAAUCAAGCUUCAUUUGUGUUAGUUUCCAUAGCAUUGUAAGAAUCUGCAUUGUUUUACAUAUGUUGUUUCAGGACCAAUUAUGAAACACUUUGAUUUUUGUGGGUGUUACUUACAUGUAGUCAUACAAGUCUCAAGGUGCAUUCCAAUCCUGUUGGAUUUGACUCCAAACUGCACAGAAGUUAUCAUCCUUGCCUUAUUCUUGGAGAGCUUAACUCCUGUUGGAGCCAAUAAGGGUCUUGUCAUUGACUUCAGUGAGAGCAAGUAAAGGCCUGUGAUAAUAUCUGGUAACUAAUGAAUACUGAUUAAACUGAUGAAACUUUUUUGUGGGAAUAAUCUUUAAAUAUAUGUAGUAGUUUUGUUCUGUUACUUAGCAGAAACUUUUACAAACCAUGUUGUACGAAAAAAACAGCAAUAGAAAGCAGAAAUGUCCUGUCAUUAUCACGUCUGCAUAUGUGUUAAGUUUUGCAGUUGGACUAAACAGCUGUUGGUUGAGUUUUUUUAACCUUUUCAUAAAAUAUUGUAUUAAGAAAACAAUAAAGAGCUGGCUAGUCCAGUAUGGGAUUUCACAUUACUGUACUGCAUUUCCUUAUAGAUGAUUCCUUUGAUUUUUCUAAAGUGUGUAUUGCGUGUGCAGAGGUUUUGUGUAGAAAGAUCGGUGCAUUUUCUGGGUGAGAUGAAGUCCAUAAUUUUUUCUUAGUAAUUUUGAAGUAAGUAUUUGUACUCCUUUUUCAUCAGCUGUAAAUUUUCACUAAUCAUGCUGGAGCGGGACAUUUAAUAAAAUUGUUACCAGAAGCCAAACAAUAAGAAAACGAAAUAAAAAUGAGAUUAUUUUUUUAA